AUGCACUGUACUACAUAUGCUCUACUUGUCUUCUUGACAGUCACGUUGAUCAAUUGUGUUCCAUUUGCUACUGACAAUGAAAACUUGGAUCAACAAGCUAUGCUUCACCGUGGUCUGCCUAGUUGUUCUGUAUGGUAUUGGUCUCAACCUAAUCCUGAAAUUCUUCUAGCCAAAACAUUAAAACCGCCAUGCAAUAUUUCACCUACAUUUCCUUCAACUUUGCCUGGUGGUUGGUCAGUAGAUCCAGGUUGUGAUGCAUCCCAACAACCAAAUACUUGUGAUUUGCAUAAAGGGGCUUAUGGUUGUUAUCGAAGUGCCUUAUCCACAACAGGACCAGGUGCUCAAGCAUGUUAUGAUAAAAAUGGUCAAUGGAUAUCAGAUCCUUGGAAAGGUGCUGGUACACUUGAUGCAGAAACACCAUUGGGUGACAUAAUUCAAGAAGCUAAACAUGUGGUUGCUGAUGUUCUUCCAUAUUACAGUUGCUGCAAAACAUCAAUUUUUUUUCAAACAUAUAAUUGUAAUCAUUACUACGAAAAACGUCCACCAGGACAAUGUCAAAAUUAA